UGAAGUACUGUCAGCCAAUCAGCCAGCACCAGGUUGCUUUGAGCUCAGAAAGGAAAGAUGGCGGCGAGAAAUGGGAAGAGUGGUCUACUGGAAAAAUGGAAGAUAGAUGAAAAACCUGUGAAAAUUGAUAAAUGGGAUGGAGCUGCAGUGAAGAAUUCUCUUGAUGAUGCUGCCAAAAAGGUUAUACUUGAGAAGUAUGGAUGUACAGAAAACUUUAGUCUGAUUGAUGGACGUUUGUUCAUUUGUACAAUUUCUUGCCUCUUUGCAAUUGUUGCUUUGAUUUGGGACUAUCUGCAUCCAUUCCCGGAGUCCAAACCAGUCUUGACAUGUUGUGUUAUAUCAUAUUUUAUAAUGAUGGGCAUUCUUACUUUGUACACAUCGUACAAAGAGAAGAGCAUCUUUUUGGUGGCUGUACAGAAGGACAAAGCUGGCCUGGAUCCUGACCACAUUUGGCAACUGUCAUCCAGUCUGAAAAGAUUUGAUGACCAAUACACACUCAGGAUGACGUUUAUUGAUGGAAAAACUAAGAAGAAAAGGGAAGUUGAUUUCACCAAAUCAGUAGCAAACUUUUUUGAUAAAAAUGGUACACUGGUAAUGGAUAAUUAUGAGCAACAUGUCUCCAGACUCCAUGAAGACUUGUUAACUGAAAAGAAAAAUAAAUAGGUAAUGUUUUAAAUCUGUGUGCAUACCAGCCUCCUUAUAAACAUUCUUUAUUCUUUAAAGUGUACCCUGAUAAAUAUUGAAGACAAGUGUGACUAUUUUAGAGUCCAUAAGCAUUUCAACUCAAGUCCAGUGGAUUUUGUUUUGUACUUUUCAGCUAUAACAGGCACUAGGGUUCUAACAGAAAAGCUUUUACAUUAGGUGAGGUCCGUGUAAUGGUUGGCUUUUAUUUUGCUUAUGUUUCAGGUAUUUUUUUAAUAUGUAGUUCAUGUUCUGUUAGUAAAAUGGCUAAUCAUAUUUUUAAGGAAUUUGUUCAUGUGCUAAAUUACUAUUGAAAUGUUUUGUACACAUUCUGAAACUUCACUAUUUUGUAACCUUACUAUACCCAUGGAUAAUAGUUUAACAGACCCAUUUUUUUAAUGUCCAUCUACACAGAGUACUAUUGUUUUAUAAUCUAUUUGUGAGAAAGUAUAAAUUUAUGUUCACUAAUAGGUUGCACUUUUCUGAAUAACCAUAUGUUCUUUUGAAGACCACAUUGCACUCAACGCAAUUUCCAAAUCCCCCACAUGAGCAGUCUUUGGUAAAAUAUCCAAGGGUGGUAACAGUUAUUUUAAGAAGCUAAAGUUUAUAAGAUGUUCUCUGUUGGCAGCAAAAAAUUGAGUUUCUAUUAGUAAUGUGCUUUAGGAAUCUGUUAACAAUUUGUCAGUUCAUUUAAGAGAACAGUGUGGUUUUCUUGUCCUAUACUGUGCUACUUCAACAGUAUUGCUUUGUACCGAAAGUAAUGAAAUUCAUAUGCUGUAUAUUUAAAAAAAAAAAAAAAAUGUACAAAAGCAGUGAUGUAAACAGAGUUAAUGAAUUUAAGAGUGUUAUGCUGAGAGUGGUGUGUACACCUGCAAAGUUGGCUUAGUAUAGAGAAAAAAAGUUAUUUACUCUUUUGUUUUGGCUUCAAUAUGAAAUGCUUAUGACCAUUAAGCUGCCUUUUGUUUUCCGCUAUUAAUUUGUGCAACAUGGCUUUAUGGAUGGAUUGGUUUCUUAUGAGAAAAAGGCAAAAAAAAAAUUCUUUACAAUUAUCCAUUCCCAAUGAAAAUGCUUAAUGUUUGCCCAUUAAAAUAUUUAGAGAUGACAAACUUGAUUUGUUUUUUUUUUUUUUUUUUUUUUUAUUGAAAGAAAAAAUGGAACACUUUCUACUGGGACGUAAUAUCUGAGGCAUUUCCUGCAGGCAGAAGUGUAAACUGCCUUUCAUUCCACACACUUUUUCUCAUUAGUGGCACAUUUUUGUAUGUAUUUGAAUUUAGCCAUGGUGUGUCUUUUUAUAGCAAAACUUUAUCCAGACAGUAGCUGUUUUUUUCAUCUCUUGUAGAUUGUGUCAGUUUUAAUUGUCUUGUGUUAAUAUAAUGAGCAUGUUGUUUACUGUGGAACAGUACAUUUAGUUUCAAUUGUUUAUUCAUCAGAAAGGUGUUUUUUUUUUUUAAUUUAAGAAAUUUAUAUGAAGAAGUUGGUCAAAAUAGUGACAGAGAAUUUGAGAAUUAAUUGCCACAGUCAUAAUGUAAAACUUGUUGCAUUCAUCAUCUCUAAAAAAAACUUCUGGGAUCACUGGCUUGACUGUGGCAUACAUUGUUUCUGUUUUUAGUUUUUCUGUUUUUUUUUUUUAUGUAUGGGAACUUUGUUUUUGGCAGCCUCUCCAGUAAACUCAUGGCUGACCAACAAGGCUGUUUAUGUAUUUUCAUUUGCUAUUAGAUACUGAUGAUCCUUGAGCAUAACCUAAAUGCAUUUAAGAAGAUUUUGAAACAGCAGGUGGGUUCUAAGGGAAUAAAAAGGCUAAUAUUUUUAUUUAUAAACAAUUUUUUCCCCACAGAAAAGCUUUAUUAUUAUUAAGAUCAUUAUGCCUUCAUAAUUUGCAUACUAUAAAUGCGCUUUGUUUAUUUCAGUAAAUGGUCAUUUUUUUUUUUAAUAUUUAUUUUUAGUUUAGCUAAAAUUGCCUUUUGUAUACUGGUGCAAAUUUGAUAAUAGCAAAAUCUAAAAACAUCAGCUGUAUGCGAGCUACUUUCUCUGUUUAGAAGUGUACAAAUAAAGUGAGAAUGGCAUUUU